AAUAACGCGAACGAAGGUCAGUAAAACGAUUGUACUUUUUUUAAGCGGCUAAUUCUAAAAUUAUCGACGACAGCCAUUUUUUUUUUCUUUUUUAGUUGGACCCGUGAAGCAUGCUCGAGUACGGCGUCGUUAAUGUGUCGUUAAUAACUAAAAACCUAUUAGGAUUUCCCUAGGUAAUGCGUUAACAGCACGCGCAAUGUACAGAAAAUUUAAUCCUUACAGGAAUGAUGCCUGUUCGAAGUGUGUGUACGCUAUAUUGUUGCGAAUAUUUUUUUCGACAAUCCUAUUUGAUUUUAUGUGUACAAAAUAAAACGUACAACUUCAAAGAAGAAAUUUGUAUGUAUAGGUGCAUACACUUUGUAUAUACGUAUACAGUACGCACACAUGUAUCGCGAAGAAUCGAAGGAGAAACGAAUAUCAAAAACCGACCAUUGUUGUUAUCACGAGUUAGCUAUUUUUAUGCCUUCCGUUACAUCCAAUCGUUCUUCCCUUCAAACCUGUGUGAAAAUGUAUGAAAGUGAAAGAAAGUUCAAAACGAAUUAUACGAAGUAUUUUUUCUUGUUCUUUUUUUUUCUUUUUCUUCUUCGUUUUUUAAAGUCUUCUUGUAUUUUGCGACAUCUCGUGUUUAGAGAAGAUCGAUAUCGUAGAAACCUGUAAUAUCGUUUAGAAGUCUGUGAUGUGUUAGAAUAAUCGAGUAGUUGUGUAGAUCGUUUAAUACAAGGGCGGAACACGUGGAAUCGACCAAAAAAUACAAGUACUGACGAUGAUAGAGAUCGAGAAAAAAAGAGAGACGAUUAUUUGCAUUUUAAAAUUUGAAUUAAUCAAAAUAGUGCGCGAUAUAAUUAGCAAUAACAAGGCGCGAAAAUAAUGUACACGGUGUUACAUAUACAAUCGCGUUAAAACAUUCUAAAGGAAAUGAGAAGGAAAGAAAAAAAACUAAAAAUAGAUUGAAAUUAAUUAUAUCUAUAUCUUGUAUCAUUUUUAAAUAGAUCAUGGAUAAAAGAUGAACCAACUCUCUAUCAAGAGAAGAAAAAAGGGAAAGAAAAAAAAUUCGGGAGGUGCGUUUUAUUCAGAAUAGACCUUGGAUUCAUUUGCGGUUAAAUUGUUUGUUCAAACGUAUUAUGUAAAUAGGCGAUGAAACAAAAUUAUCGUCGUAUAAAUAUUAUAUACAUAUAUAUACACAUUCACAAAAACAAACAGAUAUGUAUAUAUAUAUAUACAUAUAUAUAUAUCUCAAGUCAGAGCGGAUAUUACAGAAAUCAACAGGCAGUGUUUCUGCUGUUUCGCCCCCUUCCUCCCUUCUCUACUCCCCAAUUUUUUCCAUAUUCUGUUACAAUAUAUUCCAUUGAAUAAAAAUAAUUAUAAUAUUUGUAAAGCCGCUUCAACUUCAUACAUAGAACUCGAAUCGUUUGAUUUUUUUUUUUUUCCAGAAAUUGUAGACAGAUAAAGAUACGAAUAGAGAAUUCAAUUAAAAGAUCGGGAUGAGUUUUAAUUUUAAGAUAUGAAUAAAAGAGAAAGAGAAGAAAAAAGGACAAAAUAAUCGAGGAGUUAAUAGUAUAAUAAAUUUUUUUUUCAAGGCGCAAGAUAAUCAAGAUAAUGAGAGCGAUGAACGUUUUCAAUUUUUUUUUCAAAAAUAUCGUAUCAUUAUAAAUUACGGAAAUUUGACUUGAUCCCAAUAAUAAAACAGACUGUACAGGAAAUUCUCAUGUUAUACUACGAACGUUUUGUUUCUAUUUUUAUCUCUUCUUGAGAAGUUUACGAUUUAUCGAAGCUUCUCGUUGCUCCUAGCUGUUCCUAUCCUAUUGCUCUACGAUACAAAAACUUUUUUCAAUCUCAGCUAUACUAUAUUGUAAAUCGAUUCAACGACGUCUUUUUUUUAACCUUCUUUAUAAAAAACGUUUUAUUUUUAAUUGAAUUAAUAUCCAAAAAAAAAAAAUUUCUCAUAAAAGAAAAGUAAUCAUGCGAUCAUUAGUAAAGAUGAUUAGUGCUGGCAUCAGCAUGCUUCGAAUCCUUUCAAUUCAACAAAUGGAGGUUGGAGAAUCAAUAAUCGAGAUCAUUUUCUGCGCAAGUUUCUUAGCCACGAUGAAUUUCCGCUGGAUCGAACGAAAUGUACACAAAGGAAAAGUCACAACUGGAAAAGAGAAAAAUAAAACAAAAAUUACGAGGAAUAAGAUUACGAAAGAAGUUGCAAGGAAGAUUCUAGAUUUUAUCGUCGAUAGAAAAACUGUUCGACCAGUUUUCAUGAAUAAUAAUCAAUAUGUAAGAAACUCUAUGCUCACAAUUACAUAUAUACUUUCCAAAGGAAAUUCAUGCGAAUAUUCGAAUGAAAAUUCGAAAGGAAAGGACUAAUUGCGCGUCUCCAAUCUCUUCCUCGAAGGAAGGUGGAAAUUGAUGGAGGAACGAAUCGAUAGUCCCGGUUGAAGUCGACGACGAGACGAGUGUUUCGCGUCCGUGUUUUGAGGCCAUUGCUAGCGAAGGGUGGCCAGAAGAGGAAGAAGGGGGCGGCGGAGAAAUAGAGAGGGCGACGUUAAGGGCGGGGGAGGCGGGGGUGGGUGUCGUGUACGCGCAUGUUUCUUCUCCGCGAAACGGAUCGAUGCUGGAAAUAGCUCGACCCGCAGGAGAGUACGAGGUGAGUCGGCUUCGCUUUCGGCAGGGCCUUUGCAGCUCUUCACCGCUCGCCGUUUCCUGUUUCACGAAUCGUAGGGGGAAACGUAACUCCACAUACAGUCUCCACAAUCUCUUCUCGUAUUCGCGAGCUUCCCUUCGACGGUCACCGAUCGAUCCGCCGGUUUCCUCGUCGAUCUCGUUCUUCCUCUUCCCCCGGACAGUUUCCAUCCAACUCUCUCAUUUUCUAUAUUCUUCUUGACGCACAGUCAUCUCAAUUUUAAUCCCAAUUUUUUUCUUUCUUUCUUUCUUCUAUUUUUUUUUUUUUUUUUCCCUCGUUUCUUCGAGUGUGUGCUUUCGACGAUUCAUCCAUCCAUCGCAAGUGAAUAAAAAGAGAAAGAGAGAGAGAGAGAGAGAGAAUCUCGAUCGCGGGAUGACUCGAAAAAAAUGUGCGUCGUACCGAUGUGGCUGAAGAGGCUGAAAUCAAGCCUCGCUUGUUCCACGGUAGGUCUUAGAGGAUGCACAAGCUAGCCAAGGGCCUGAAGAAGAAGAAAAAGCAGAAGAAGGGUAAGAAGGGAGCGGAGGAGGACGAGUUCGACCCGGAGGAGCUCGAGCGUUAUAGGCGCGAGCGGGCGGAGGCCCAGCAGAAAGCCGAGGAUUCCGGCGAGCAGGCCAGCAACGCUUCCUCCGACGAGUGGAAGAAGUUCGAGGCGUUGACCGCCGGCGUCGACUCGAUCCUCAAGAAGACACAGGGCGAUCUCGACCGCAUCAAGUCGACCUCGUUCUUCCAACGGAAGCCCCCCCUAGACGAGGAGAGGAGGAAGGAGGGGGAGGAGGGGGAGGAGGCGGAGAAGGAAGAGGAUCACCCCGGCAAGAAGAAGUCUUCCUCCUCGAAGAAGUGGGUGGGCUUCGACGAGGAGGGGAAUCCUAUCGAGGGGGAACCCCCCGACGGGAAGAAGAAGAGGAGGGAGGAGGGACCGCUGGUGAACGAGGACGGUUUCGUAGACGUCCCGGACGACGAGGAUGGCCACGAGGACUCGGCCGACGAGGACAUCUUCGACACGACUUACGUCGACGUCCUCCAGAACAUCGACGUCCAACUAGCUUACAUCCCGGACAGCCCCGUCGAGGAGGAGACCGGAGACGACCCGUUCGACACCACAAACGCGGACAAGGUUCUUAAAACGGUCGACAAGAAGGGGAACAAAUUGGUCAGCCUAGGGAACGCGGUCGAGGUACUCUCGGGAAGGAUCGAUUACGUGAGCUCGUGCAAGAUCUCGAGGGGCAGACGACCCAGGCUCCAGCAAGACUUGUUGUUGGACGACUUCGACGAGGAGGCCGGGAAGCAGCCCACGGCGGUGGACAGCGGUGAACCGGCGCCCCCCCUCGUCGCUGAACCGGUCCAAGCGGAGAGGACUUUGCUCGACGACGACAACGAUCUCCCCAUAAAUAUCCCCAUAGAUCUCGCCAAACUUCCCCCAACCGUACUCCCGACACAGGCGAGUCCAGCCGUCGGGGAGGGCAAGUCGGACGGCCCCCUCGACAUCUCCGAGUUCGAGGUUUUGAAGGAGAAGACGAUAUUGGAGGAGAUACCCGACUUGGACGACGCCGAGUUCGAAUUGCACAGUUGCGCGGCCCCCGAUGAGGAGCCGGUGCGCCUCGAGGAGGCGGAGGACCCGUUCGGCGCCAAGGAGCCGGAGAUCGUGAACUAUCAAUCCGAGAUAAUAGAGGCGAGCUUCGAGGCGGCCACCUUCGUCGACGAGGAGGACCCGUUCGACACCACGUUCGCCGACAACAUCCUACCCGGUAAAACGGAAUUGAAGUUCAUCGAGAGAGAAUUGGAGGAGCUGCCCGUGUCCGAGGUUACCAUAUCGUUGACCGACCCGGCGGGGUUGAACCGGGACUACGAGACAGGUUUGUUGAAGGAGGUCGAGAGGGCAGUCACGAGCGACAAGAGGGAUCUCUUAGGCGGGUCGACGACCGACUUGAGCCAGCUCGCGGACGAGCCCAUUGCGCCGCUCGAGGACAUUUCGAGUUACGUGGAUCCGUUCGACACAUCGUCCGUGAAAGAGAUACCGCCCGGUAAAACAGAGUUGAAGUUCCUCGAGAAGGAGUUGCUCGGCGAGAAGCAGGAGGAGAGUUGCCUGGACGACGAGGACUUCGAUCCGAGGAAGGGAGAGCAACAGCGUCCCUUUGAAACCGUCGAUUUUCAAGGAGAGGGAAAGCAGGAGGAGGAGGAAGAGGAGGAGGGGAAGGAGAGCGAGAUCGGGAUCGUCGAUCGAAGAUCGUCGCGGCCCGAGGUGCUCGAAUUGGGUAUAUCGAAAGCGGUCGCGUUCGAAUUGCCGACACCGUCCAAACGGCCCGAUCUGCUCGCGACCACCGAGGAGGAGAAAGCGUUGCCUUCUAAGCCGCUCACUCCCUAUUACACGCAAAAAUCGAUCGAGGAUUACCUGCCUGGCGAGGAGGAACAGGAGGAGGAGGCGGCCGAUGUAGAUCCGUUCGACACGAGCUUCGUAGCCAAGGUAGCGCCAGGUAAGACCGAGCUCAAGUUGAUCGAAUCGGAAUUGUUGAGGCAACAAGAUCAUUCGCCGUCUACGAGGCUGCCUCACAGCUUGAGCGACCACGAGUUCGAUCCGCGUGCCGAGGGAGAACCUGUCAGAAGGCAGAGCGAUUUCACGAUAAGGCCGAACGAUCUCAGGAUAAAUGAAUUGCAAAAUUCGGUGUUGAGGAAGUUUGACGAGGUGAAUAAGAGAGGGGAAUUGGUGGAAAAGAGGCAGGAGAGUCUGUUGGACGAGAGGAUCGAGGUGGACGCGAAGCCUCUCACGCCCAGGAUCGAGACGAGGACCAUCGAGGAGGACGAGGAGAUCUCCUACCAGGAUCCAUUCGACACCUCGAUCGCAACGAAUAUACUUCCCGGCAAGGCGGAGCUGAAGAUUCUCGAGACCGAGUUGGAACAGAUCCCUGCCGAGAUACCCGUCGCUCGCCCCGUUCCGAUCGCUCUCACGGCCGUGAUCAACACAACGGUUAUUCCAGAAGUCGAUCCCGACUUCGAUCCCAGAGCGGAGGAGAGGAAGGAUUUCUUGUGCAUCGACGACCAAGAUCCCGGUGCGAAGGUGUUGACCCCUUUGCAGAACGAGAGCUUUCCUUUGGGGGAGGACGUGGAUCCGUUCGACACGAGUUUCGCAAGUCUGGGGCCGGGCAAGACCGAGCUCAAACUACUCGAGUCCGAAUUAAUGGAAAAAUUCUCUUCUUUCUCUUCCUUUAAACGACACUUCCGUUUCAUCUUCACUCACGGUUAUAACGCUCGAUUCAACAUGGAUUCGAAAGGAGGGAAUCCUUUUUUGAUGGACGAUUACGAUGGGAUCAAGUCGAACGACAAUAUGGCGGGCCAGGCGUCCAAUCCGUUCCUUCAAGAUUUCGGCGACGCUUCAGCGACAUCUGGCGGCGGGGAGAAUCCGUUUCUGAAUUUCGGCGGAGACCAAUCGUAUCACCAAUCGUCGGCACCAAUCACCGUCGACUCGACGAAUCCCUUCGCCUCGUUCGCCGCUGACACCAGCGCGCCUAGCACCGGCUUCGAGGCGACGACCACCGACGCCACCACGGCCAAUAUAUUCUCAACCGAGGCGAAAAACAUAUUCGUGACGAGCGGCGACGAGUCGAAUCUGUUCGACGCCCCGCUCUCCUCCCAUUCGUCGGAGGAGUUCUUCGGCCAGACGGCGCCACCACCGUCACCGGCUACCGUGCAGCAACCGGCCCAGCAGCCGAAGAACGCGAGAGCGGCGCCCUCUAGGCCCCCUCCCCCCAGGCCACAACCUCCUGCACCUCCCAAGAACACCAAAGACUUGAUCCUGUCCGUGACCGGUGCGAUGGAUGCUACUUCGAAUCAUCUUCUGGAUCGACUACAAGCAACCAGAACGCCCAGCCCAACUUUGAUGCACUCUCCGUCUCCGACACCGGAACACAGUUUCGCAGAUUUCUUGGACGUCGACUCGAACGUUCCCGACUUGAUGUCCGACGACAACAGCAAAGCGGUCGAGCCACCGAAGAAUCGGGACAUAUUGGAUUUGUUCGACGCCCCCAACACGGACACGACAACUACGACCAUAUUCUCCUCUUCUACGAUCACCGAGGACAGUUCGGGAACAGGGGUGACUCUGAUCGGCGCCACGACCCAGGACAAUCCAUUCGUCAGUAUCACGGAGCAGCAAGCGUCUCCUGUUCAACAGGCGGAUGAGUUUCAGGAAACGGUGUCCGUGGCCAGCGAGAAGAGACCCUCGGUCUCGUCCACGACGGGUGCCGUGGGAAGCGAUACCGAGAGGGCCGGUGUCGACAUGGAUCUCACCGGGGAAACGUUGCGAUCAUCGAGCACGGGUAACGAAUUAUUCUCGACCACCGAACAAUUGUCCACGUCCGUGACCGAGUCCACGUUCUUCUCCGUCGCGGACACGACUCCUUCUGCCCCGUUUGGAACCACGGACACCGUGAUCGCGCCAUUUUCUACGCCCAUGCAAAUGUCCGCCGCGCAAUCCCUGUUCACGACCUCGGAGAUCAGCGUGCCAUCUAGCGGACCUUUCGCUUCCGACUUGCUCGGCGACUUCGGUGAGCCUACCGAUACCGGUGGCGCGAGGUCGACCAGCCCGAUCCCUGGCGCCGAAUUCCCUACCAGCGAGGCGUACAAGCCAGAAGAACAGUUGGACAAUCUCGCAGCUACCACGCAGAAAACAGCAGAGAGCGGUGGGGAUGCUUUCGAUAUUUUUGCCUCGAAGUUUGACAAGGCUGCGGAACAGGAAACCAACGCGGGAGAUCCUUUCCUGGAUGCUUUCGGCGGUGGGCCGACCGCCAUGGAUACGUCCAGCGAUGUUUGGGGCGAUUCCUCUGCAACGGGGUCAGAGACAGCAGUGACAGGAUUCGGGGAAAGCGACGGGUUCGAUUCGUUCUUGAGCAUGACCGCACCUCCACCAGAACCGACUGUAAAGAGAACCGAGUCUGUAGAUUCGGAUGCGGGACCAGAUUUCAGCGUGUUCAUCAAACCGAAAGAAGGUGAUCAAUCUGGAAUCGAAGGUGGAGCUGUUCCUGUGCUGGCACCACCACCGAAGAGUCCUCAAAAUACCGCCUACGUCGAUACCUCGCCACGUUUCAACCCCUUCGACAAAUCUGGAUCUGCGCAAGACGCCAUUCCUACCACUGAAACUGUUCAACCUGAAAUCACUAGGACAGAUUCUCAGGAAACUCCUCCGACACCUCUGUUCGACGAGGAUGUUAGCCAACCUCUGGAAGACUUCCCGAGGGUAACGUACACUGGUGAUGGUUGGGAUAUGCAUCUACGCCAGCCUAACAAAAAAAAGAUAACUGGUCAACGAUUCUGGAAGAAAAUUUUCGUCAAGUUGGUUUAUCAAGGCGACAAUCCUGUCCUCCAGUUGUUCAACAGCAGAGAGGAUAAGGAUCCCUUCCAAGAAUUGCCCCUAGUUCCUUCUUAUUCAGUUUCUGAUAUCGGAGCGCAACAGUUUGAUCAGUAUGGAAAAAUAUUUACGGUGAAGCUGCAAUACAUUUUCUACAAGGAACGACCCGGAGUACGGCCUGGUCAGGUAACCAAAGCGGAAAGAUUAACGAAUAAGCUCAGUCAAUUUGCCGCGUACGCCAUUCAAGGUGAUUAUCAGGGGGUUAAGGAAUUUGGAAGCGACUUGAAGAAACUUGGUCUUCCUGUGGAACAUGCGCCACAGAUUUCCGAGCUGUUCAAACUUGGCUCCCAAUGCUACGAGGACAUGAAACAGUUCUCUUGCGCGAUCGAGGAAGCUCUGUUCAGAUUACCUGCUCAUCGAGAUCGAGCGCUUAAUUAUAAGAUGGAGGAUGUGCAAAUAACAGUUGUAGAUGAACUAUACGUGGAACAGAACGCGCAAGGUCAAGUUGAAAAACAGAUAGCUCGUGUUCGAUUGUUCUUCUUGGGCUUCCUUUCUGGAAUGCCCGAUGUAGAGUUGGGAAUAAAUGACAUGUGGCGUCAGGGGAAAGAAGUAGUAGGUAGACACGAUAUAAUUCCAGUGGUAACCGAGGAAUGGAUCCGCCUUGAAAACGUCGAAUUCCACUCUUGCGUUCAACAGGACGAGUAUGAAAAAUCUAGAAUCAUAAAGUUCAAGCCACCAGAUGCAUGUUAUAUCGAACUUAUGAGAUUUCGAGUAAGGCCUCCUAAAAACAGAGAGCUUCCUCUUCAACUUAAAGCUGUAAUGUGCAUUACCGGUAAUAAGGUAGAAUUGAGAGCCGAUAUUCUCGUGCCAGGUUUCGCGUCGAGAAAACUGGGCCAAGUACCUUGUGAAGAUGUGAUGGUCCGUUUCCCGAUUCCAGAGUGUUGGAUAUAUUUGUUCAGGGUGGAAAAACACUUCAGAUACGGAUCUGUAAAAUCAGCCCAUAGAAGAACGGGAAAGAUCAAGGGUAUCGAAAGAUUUCUUGGCGCGGUCGAUAACCUAGAACCUCAGCUGAUGGAGGUAACAUCGGGACAGGCAAAGUACGAACAUCAACAUCGUGCCAUUGUGUGGAGAAUGCCCAGGUUACCGAAAGAAGGCCAAGGAGCGUACACGACUCACCAACUGAUAUGUAGAAUGGCCCUAACCUCUUACGAUCAGAUCCCUGAGAACUUGGCCGAAUACUGUUACGUAGAAUUUACUAUGCCUGCUACCCAAGUAUCUCAUACGACGGCAAGGAGCGUUAGCUUCCAGAAUCACGACAGUGAUAAUCCACCGGAGAAGUAUGUUAAGAAUUUGUCUCGACACGAGUACAGAGUUGGAAUCGAACACACGCAAGGCGAAGGACCAGGAGCAUACGUAUCAGCGACUUACACAAGAAAAAUUCCUGAAACGACGCCUGAAACUCAAGGCGAAGCGUCGGAUGCUGGCGCGGAAUCUGACUCAGAUUCUUCCGAUUAAUUUCAAAUCGGUGGUAACCAUGUAAGGUAACCUGUAACACGUACGAAAUUUAAGAAGAAUUACUUGUUAAUGAUAAUAAGAUGUAUACAGAAGCAGAACGAUGCCUGUGACUGGACGCGUGGCGUUUUACGAGUCGCAGCGUAAGUCGAAUGGAUAAUUUCUAUGCGAUCAAGCACAACGCGUUAUAAGGUUAAUCGCGUGUAACCUUAUAGGAAACGAAGAUAUAUAAGUAUUGAUAGUUCCGAACGCACAUCAGUAUUAAACAGUCAGAAUAAAUCGUUCGUGUUGGUGUUUACUUCAAAUUUUUUGGAUGGCUACGACCCGCGAAACGCCUGGCGUCACUGCGUGUUCAUGUAACGCAUAGCAGUUAAAUGAAAUGUACGUAUGAAAUGAAGUAAUUUGUAAGGGAGGACAAUACCGAUUUUACGUUCAGUUUAGCUUGCUAAGUAGUAAUACGCACUCGCGGUGAAGAGCUUUGCCUUGCUCAAGUUGCGCGUUUCAAAGACGAAUCAACGAUUUUUAGCUAUUUUAAAAUUCAGUAAACACUCACUUGUUACGCAUUACAUUAUAUUACAUUGUUUAAUUCUAUAGUUUCGUCAAAUAAGAAUUACUUAUGUAUAAAUAUUUGUUCAUUUUAUAUUAAUUAUAUUAUCUUAUCUUCUUUUGAAUUCCAUCAUCAAUGUAUUUAAAAUGUUUAAUUCGUUUGAUGACUGUCGUAUCAACACGAUGAUCAGAGGACAAUAGUUGUUAAUUAAGAAAGUCGUUAUAAUUCGGAGAAACGUGCAGCGCAUAUCUUAUCGUUUAAGCUUGCAGAUGAUCUAUAUCAAAUGUUAUCUAGUCGUUUCCAAAAAAUGUAGUUUAUCCUGAAUAAUCGUCGGUUAUUAGAAAUGUAAGUAAAUAAUAAUAAUGAAAUAGGUAUCGAGAAUUUUGCUAAGCAAAGAGCGAACAUAUAAUUUGUAUAAUAUUAAUGCGAGCAUGGGAGACUGCAAUUAAUCUAGUUUUUAAUAAUAUUUUGUUCUUGUGCGUGAUUAAAGGUGCAAGAAUAUGUUCAAACGCUUUGCGAUUCGAUAUAUUAUAACGUGUCAUAGAUAUAAGUUUUCGUUUCAUUUUCUUUUAUUUAAAAAAAAAAAAAAUGACCGUUGGUAUUAACGGUAGCUAAUUGAAAUAUGUAUCCCGCGUAAGGCUAGGUGAAAAAAUCUAUUUAUCUAUAGAUAAGAUAAAUGGUGCGAGAUCUUAUUAAUAAUAACUUUACUUACUUAAGGAAAACAAAAAUCUAGUCACGUAAGUUUCCGUUGAGAUUUUUUCAAUUUUUCGUUAGAAAUUUUUCAUCCUGCAAAGGAGAUCAGAAGAGUCUAUUCUAGUCCUUAGCUUGUAAGAAGCUCGUAUGACAUAUCAGGUGUUGAUUCACUAGUCAUACGUUAUGCUAAGUCUAUUUAGGUUAGCAAUUAACCGAUAAUGCUAAUCGAUUUAAUGACGUAUAGAAAAAUGUCAACCGACAUGCCAAGUAAGAUAUAAACAGUUAGAGCUAUUAAUUAAUAUCGUCAGUUAUAGAUUGUCACUCUGAUCCGUGUCAAUGCGAAUAUCUUCGUUAAAUUAUUUUCCUGUAUCCAAUGAAGCACAUCAGACAAUACUGCUUAACUGUGCCAGCCAAUACAUCCCAUAAGAUGAAAAUAUUAUGUGUAAUAUAUUAAUUCACAAGACUGCAUUGCGUUCUUUGAAACAGUGCAAAGCUUUUCCACUUGCGGCGUGACGGUCUGUUUGCGUUGGUACAUUAAAUGGAUCCUGAGAGGAUUUUUUUCGCGAAAAAUUCGACUCGGGACAUGACGUUUCCAGCUCGUGAUCUCAACUGUGUGUAAUAUUGCACAUUUGUGCAAUAUCCAAGAUGGCGUUUGUGUAUCUAAAGGGAAAGAUUUAUUUAAACACGAUGCAUGUAUAGAAAUCUUAGAAAAGAUAUUUAAAUUAGAGGUUAUGCGUGUGGCAAGCCUAUCGAUGUUUGACAAGUAUGACUGAAAAUGAACGAAUGGAUGAAAGCAAGAGAAAGCAUUGAAUUUUUCAUCCCUGCAAAGAGGUCUCAACUUAAAUUUUGGAGAUAAUAACUAAAUCAUUUUAUUUUCUUUAUAUUUAUUAAUUUAUUUGUUAAAAAAAAUAUUCAAUUUUAUAUUCUAUUAUAUUAAAUCGAUAAAAAAUAAUUCAUCAAUCGUAAUUAUAAUUAAUAUAUAUUCGAAGAAUAUUUGAGUUCAAGUCAAAACAAUAAUUAUUAAAGAAUUUUGAAAAUGCGAAUCCUGUUGUUGAUCCAGAUAUAUUAAUGCGUCGAUAAAGUAGACCUCUAUUGAAUAUAUACCAUUUGUUGCUGCUACGAAAAAUAUCACGUCAAAUUUAUUCCUUUACGUACAUAUAAUUAUUAAACUAUGUAGGUAUUAGAUAUAAUCAUGUUAACUUGAAUCUGUAAUGAUUAAUUGUAAAGAAAAAAAAUUAGUAGUGUCGUUGUUGUUCUUACAAUUAAUAUUAAACAAACAAACAUAAAACAAAAUGUUCUGUACAGGUAAAGAGUCUGUAAAGAUACAAUUAAUUUAAUCGUAUUCAGAUCAAUAUUAAAUAUCAUUUAGGAAAAACGUCCGUUGUGGUAAGAAACGAGCAAUGAAGGAACAAAAACCCCUUAAAAUGCAUUUUUUCCUCUUCGCAUUUUCAGCUAUCAUAACAGGUUGAUCGAAUUUUGUCUAUGAAAAUUUUUAUCAAACGUUAAAAAGUAAAUUUUUUACAAGACGUGUUAAGAACUAAAAAUUUUUUGAUAUAUUUUAGUUAAAGUGCUAAAAGUUGUUAUUUGACAACAAAAUUUAACUAUUUUAACCUCUUUAUUAAGUGCAAUAACCUAAUAAAUGUCAACGAAAAUCAAUAAUGAAAACGAUGGUGAUGAUUUAAAAAAGUAAUGCAUUUUAAAUAUGUCAGAAAAACAAUGACACAAUUGUUUUAGUUCUUUAUUGAUAUUUAUAAAUAUGCAAUUUAUUAAAUUUAAUUAAUAUUUUAGAUUUUCUUAAUGCUUAGUAAUAUGUGCACGAAAUUUGAUCUCGAAAAGCACGUAAGACGAGUAGAAAAAAAAAUAUAUUUCGUUUUAAUUAUUACAAAUAAUUUCUAAUGGCAUUGAGUACAGAAAAAAAAAGAUUGAGAGUGUCAAAACAUUCCCAAAAAUAUCGAAAUAGAGUACCUCUAAUCUUCGAUCUGUAAUUUAUAAAUAUAUAAAUAUACAUAUAUAAAUAUAUAAUACAGAAACACAUGUAUGUAAUGUCGUAAUGUGUAAUUAUACGUGUAUGUAUGAUCUGUAAUUGUGAUUGAAUAGUAAUUAAUUAUAAUGUAUGACAAACAACUUCAACAGACAAAAAAAGACGAUCAAAGAAAGUAAACUACUCUUUGAUACAUGUAUUAUAAUUUCGCAAACAAGGAACGAGAAAAUGACAAUUUUCGAAGAAAUAGAGGCAAGUGUAAUACUGUUAGCUAAUGGUAUUAUUGAUAAAUUCUAUGUAUCAAUAAAUAAUAUAACAUUGUUUAAAGGAU